UUACUUGCAUUUCUUUUCCUGCAAAACUUCUGCGAGAAGCUUUACUGUGUGUUUCCUAUGCGUGAACUGUAGCAUCAACUGGGGAACUCUAAAUCAAGUCUUUCAAAACCGAGAUCAGGUAAUGUAGACGAAACUCUGAUUUUAAGUUAAUUGAAGUGUCUUUCUCCUUUCUCCCUUUCUGUGAUUGAUUUAGAGUCCUCUGAAGGAAGUUAGGGUUAGAGAUGAAAAGGGUUUUGAAUGUGUAAUGGAGGGGUUUUUUUUUUUUUUUUUUUUUUAAUGGGUCCUGACUUCAUUCCUCCCCCCUACCUCAUGCAAAGUUUGAGAAAAUGUCCGCAGAAGGAACAGGAAGUGUGAUUGGGAGUGAGGUGAUGCCUUUAGACUAUGGGGGUAUGGACUCAGAGAGUAGUCCGUCUCCAUCUAGUUCGGAGAAGACGGUGGAGGGGAUGAGAGAGGAUGAGGUGGUAGAGGUUGGGAGGAACGAGGUGGUAGGGGUUGAGGGAGAUAGCAUACCCAUUACGGUAGUAGAAGUAGAGGGUAGAGGGGAGAGGGAUUAUGAUGAGAAUGCAGAGAUAGUGGAGGAGGUGAAACAGUAUCGAUCUGAACUAAGGACCAGGGAUAGCCUGGGUCACUUAGUAGAAAAUUAUGAAACCUCAUCCCAAGUGCUAGUUAGACCAACUGGGGUAGAGGAGAGGGCAUGCUCUGCUCCUCGGGAUCAUUGGAUGCCCGUAUACUCCCAUUAUUUGUAUGCUGGCCUUAAGUUUCCAAUUCCGGAGUUGCUUGUAGGUUUACUAUUAGAUUACAACAUAGGGUUGACACACUUGGUCCCCAACGCAAUGAGGGGAGGAAGUAGGAGGGAUAAGGGGUGGUAUUAUUUCACCCCUAGGGUAGCUAAGAAGGAGAGUAGAAUUUUAUUCACUGCGGGUCCUUCAUCCAGUAAGGGAUGGAAGGAAAAAUUCUUUUUUGUGGAUGACACGGAGUGGGGUAAGGGGGAUGCCGAGGGGGGAGAUGUGUUGAACAUCAUGGACCUCACCAGCGCAGCAUGCAUAGAGGCUGCUGAGCUCUAUGGGCCAACUGAAAUGGAUCAGUUUCUGAACACUGCUGGAGGAGCGCCCAUCCCCAAGAAGCCAAGGAAGAAGUCAAAGGCUUCAACCAGACAAGUGGAUGAGGGGAGGGCUGGGAAGGAGGUGGUGCCCUUGGCGUCAGCUGGGAUGGAGGAGGAGGUGAAACCGUUGAAGAGGAAAGGUUGGGAGGAGAGGAGGGCACUGCAAAAGAAGCAGAAAGUGGUGGAGGAGGAAGAGGGGAAUGGGGUUCCUAAGUUCGUACCUCAACCUCCUCCUGUUGAGCUGAACCCUGAGCUCAGAUGGUUGGAGGAGGGGGCUGAGGUACGGGCUCCUGGUAAGGGAAAGGGCCCUGUUUCUCCGGUGGUGCCUCAGAGCAGCUUGUUCGAGGGAAAGAACAUAAUGGGGGCUAGGUGGUUCAUCAACAGCACCUUCCCCGAAGUGGACAAGCGCAACGCACGGGAGGAAGCUCUGAGGUACGGGGGAGCAUCUGUUGUGAAGCAUGUUCUUGAGGUGAAUGGUCUAGCCCAGGAGUUCAGGGAUAGUGUAAAGGAGUGCGCACUCUUGCAGAGGCGGUGUGACCAACUGCAGAAGGAGAAGGAGGAGCUGGAAAAGAAAAAUAAAGAUCUGCAAGAAUCACUGGACGAGGUGGUUCCAACUGUGAAGCAGUUGGAACAGGAGAGGUCUUCCUUGAGCACCAAGCUCGGCUUUGAAGAGAGUAAACGAAAGAUCUCUGAAAGCGAGCGUGAGGCUCAGGCGCAAGAACUGAAGCUGACGAAGGAGGCUUUCCUGGAGCUAAAGGGGAACGUGCAGACCUUGGUGCACAAUGGGAUGAAGGAGCACAUCAGCAACUUCAUCAGCUCCAGCUCAUUUGACAACAUCGUCAACCUAUAUCGGCUGCCUACUGCCAUCAUCGCAUUCACGGACUGCAGGAAGAAGGUGAAGGCAGAAUAUCCCGAAGUGGAUAUUACGAAGAUCACGUUCGGAGAGCAAGAAGAAGGAGUGGAGGAAGAUGGUGAGAGCAUGUCAGCAGACUUCCGUCCUCAGAUCAAACUGAGGUGGGAGGAUGAUGCAAAUGGACGUGCUGUUUUCCCUCCACAGUUCGACUUCGAGUUCGUGGCAGUGGAGGAAGAAGGGGCAGAAGUAGAGGAAGACGAGGUGGAGGCAGGAGUGGAGGGAGCCGAAGUGGAUGAGAGCCAAGCAGUUCCAGAAGUGGAGAUUCAUCCAGUUCCCUCCGACGAUGAGCAGCCUCCUCUGCCAGACGAGCAGCAGCCAAGACAGCCACCUCUUCCAGCUGAACAAGAGCCGGUGGAGCCACCUCUUACAGCAGAGAACUAAUUUUAUUUUAUUUUAUUAUUAUUUAUUUUUUUUAAAAUUUUUGGUAGAGACUUUUAAACAGUUUGUAAUACUUGUAUUACAUUAAAUGAAAUUAUAUAUUUGUUUAUGUUUGGUUUAUAUUUUUAUUAUUUUUUAUGAAUAAAAGAACUGAGAGUAU